AUGCUAGCUUGGGUGCGCAAUCAUCUCGACGACCUCAAACCGGAGGACUUUUAUAAAGAGUUCGACUACUCAUACAAUGUAAGAAAACAGGCUGAAGAGAAAUUGCAAGAGUUGCUCAGUACGAUCAAGGAAGAUAACAAUUCGAAAAAUAGCCGGAAAGCGAAACGCCUCCUGAACACUUUUGAGUCCUGGACGACGUCGGUAAGCUGUGAAAAUUACUGGCUGAAGUUAGAAGCUUCACUUACUAAGGCUGCACAUCAAGUUGCGGGCCGAAGGGCUGCGUACAAUACAAUCAAUACUUAUACAAAGAUUGUACACGAAGAUGAUGAGGCUUUCUUGAGUAGCGUCCGAGAGCAUGGACAAGCCGUAUCCGAACCAGUCGGCCUAUCAGAUACUAACGAAGAAAUGCCACCGAGGUCCCAUAUUGACGAGGACAGCAGGAACAACCCUUUUCUUAAUUCAGCAAUUUCCUCUAAGCGUUUAAAGUCAUCGGAAACGGAAACGACUUUUGAUAGUGAUACCUCAUGGCAAUCUGAAAACGAGAAUGCAGAAUACGCAAGUUCAGAUGGGAGUCCAGACAAAAAACAGUUCAAAGCAAAAUUGUACUGGUUUGUAGGUCCGGGAGAAAUAGAAACAAUUUUACCAGAAGACGCCUGUCAGUGGUUUGUGAAUGAAGUGAACGUGUCAGCAUUAUUUUUUGAAUAUCGUAAAUUGUCUAUUAAGAAGGCAUCAACGGACUCAAUGGAGACGCCAAGUGAGAUGCUGGCGAUAAACAAUAUAUUUUUACUUGAAGACUCAGGUGAUCACAAUAUUGACCAACAAUUACGGGAUGAUAUUUUUGAUCAAAUGCGUCAGGAAUACCUCUUGGAGGAGUUGUCGAAUGACUCUUUGUUGAAAUGUAAUGAGAUGGCAAAAGUGGCAAGAACUAACUUCAAGGAAUGCAAAGCAAUAUUAAGGCGAUGGCGACGAGCAUCAGAUGAGGAUGAGACAAUCUUGGAUGUUUUUCAUAACAUCCUUGGUCAUUACACAACAUCAUUUUCUGUUGAAAACUUUAAUGAGGACACUUUCGUCCAUGAAGUUUUGCAACCUAUCAUAUCUCCUUUCUUUCAGAAUACUGAUGUUGUUACUUGUGAAUGGGCAAACGGUACAUUCGGUGCAUCAUCAGAACGAAAACGAAAAUUUGAUCCAUUCCUUCAGGGGAGGAAAGCGGAUUUUUCGGUGUAUGUCUCCAAUGGAUAUCAUAGACAACCUCUGCUUGUAUCAGAAGUAAAACCACCAAGAAACUCAAGGAGCAGCCGACGAGAUGAUCUAUUAAAACUAGGGAAUGAAAUGAAAGAUGCCAUAGAUAAGAUCAUUCAUAAUGGCGUUGAGGAAGAUGUUGCGAUUUGUGGACUCUUAGUAGAAGGUUGCCGAUGUACUCUUUUUGUAAUGGAUUUGCGUUAUCAUGCUGUCUACCGAAUGUUUCAACUGGGUAUUUUCUACCUGCCUCGAGAUCGGCACAACUUUCGCGUUUUAACUGAUGCCUUUGAGGUUCUUCAUCAGGCACAAGCUAUUAUCAAACAAUCAGCUCAACGAUGUCUUGCAUGUUUCCGUACAUUGCCUGCCACUCCCAAGACAACAUCUCGCCAUGCGAUGAUGAGGUCUUCUUUUCAUACUCCAAUGAAGGUUCCACUUUUGAGUACUAAGAAGGAUGGGUUGUUUCUCAGAGACCAAGAUAUUAAAGUAUUUGAAGAUAACUGGGUCGCUGGUCGCGCGUUCCUCAACCUGACUGCGGAAAAGCUUGCUGACUUAAUCAGAGACAUUAAAGGGA